AUGCAACCUCUGAGUAUUCUAGCGUUAAAAAACUUGUGUGAUUCACUGAUAAAGGAGCGAAACGAGAGGCGCUCAUCAGGAUCUGAGGAGAUCUGCAGUUUACACAGUGAGAAACUCAAACUCUUCUGUCUGGAGGACAAACAGCCGGUGUGUUUAGUGUGCAGAGACUCAGAGAAACACGUCAAUCACACAUUCAGACCCAUCAGUGAAGUUCUUUCAUCUCACAAGGAGGAACUGAAUACAGCACUGACAUCUUUACAAAACAAGCUCAAACAUGCAGAAGAAAUGAAAGCAGAGUGUGAUAAAACAGUUCAACACAUCAAGUCUCAAGCUGAGCACACAGAGCGUCAGAUUAAAGAGGAGUUUGAGAAGCUUCAUCAGUUUCUCAGAGAUGAAGAAGAAGCCACUUCUCUUUCUUCAUCAUAA